AUGGAACGUCUAGUUUCAUCAGUUACACGACCGCGUUUAUUAACUGUUCGAUGUAUCCUAAAACUGACAUUACCAAUCCGCAGUGCGUAUGCACCGGCUAAAUCCGAUGGAUUUUCUGUUAAUUAUCGUGAUCAAAUGUAUAAAGAGUGGUUGAGCAAUCCACAAUCAGUGCAUAAAUCUUGGGACUUGUAUUUUCGGAGUCAAAACCAAGGAAAAUCUUCCAUGCCAACCUCUGUUCAAAUCUAUCCGAUACAACCUACAGCGGUGUCUGCGAGUAAUUUUCGCAUUGAUGCCAAAGCUGUCAAUGACCAUAUGGCUGUCGCAGCACUUAUUCAGUCUUUUCAGACGCGCGGUCAUAAAGUCGCUCAACUCGAUCCACUUGGUAUUUCAUCGAUUGAUUUAGAUCGCGAAAGGCCCAUUGAUCUAUCGUAUCAAUUCUUCAAUUUUUCCGAAGCCGAUCUGAACCGGCAAUUUGUUCUGCCACCAUUCACAUUCAUCGGUGGCCGCGAAACACAACUGUCUUUACGUGAAAUUCUUCGCCGAUUAGACUAUGUUUAUUGUCGAACAAUUGGUAUUGAAUAUAUGUAUAUCAACAAUCGUGAGCAGUGUAAUUGGAUUCGAGAACGUUUUGAAGAUUCAUCGCAGUUCAAACUGUCAAAUGACGAGGUUCAUCGUGCAGUUCAACGACUCAUUCGAACAGCUCAUUUUGAAAAGUCCUUAGGAUCGAAAUGGGCGACUGAAAAACGUUUCGGUGUCGAAGGAUGCGACAUGUUAAUACCCGCGAUGAAAAUGGUCAUUGAUACUGUCAUUCAAACCGGUGUCGAUACACUUAUUAUGGGCAUGCCACAUCGUGGUCGCCUUAAUGUUCUCGCCAAUGUUAUUCAAAAACCACUGGAAGAAAUUUUCUGUCAAUUUAACAAACAUUUAAAACCGUCUGACAUAUCAGAAAGUGGAGAUGUGAAAUAUCAUCUGGGCACAUGCGUUGAACGUUUGAGUUCAGUGACAAAUUCCAAGAUAAAAUAUGUCUUGCUCGCUAAUCCAUCGCAUUUAGAAGCUGUCAGUCCCGUUGCUCAAGGUCGAACUAAAGCCGAACAGUUUUACCGUGGUGACGAAAAAGGUGACAAGGUAAUGAGCAUUUUGGUACAUGGCGAUGCGGCUUUCGCUGGUCAAGGUGUCGUUUAUGAAACAUUCCACUUAACGAAUCUACCUGCGUACACAACUCAUGGGACAGUUCAUAUUAUUUGUAAUAAUCAAAUCGGCUUUACGACGGAUCCUCGUGUAGCACGCUCAAGUCCAUGUAAAUUCAAACGCGAUGUUGUCAUUGAUCUGGUGGGUUAUCGUCGUUAUGGUCAUAACGAAGUGGAUAAUCCUAAUUUCACGCAUCCAUACAUGUAUAAGAAAAUCGAAAAGCAGACACCGAUAUUGACAAAAUGGACUGACAAAUUGAUCAACGAAGGUAGAAUUAACAAGAGUUGGUACGAAACUGAGGUCGCUAAUUAUGAAAAGCGUCUUGUCGAAGCGCUUGCUAACUCCAAGAGUGUUAUCUAUGAUAAACAGAAAAAAUGGCUUGACUCGCCAUGGAAAGCUUUCUUUACAAAAACACCUCCUUUUGCUCAUCCAAUAACGGGUGUGCCAGAAGAAAGACUUCAAUUAGUUGGAAGCAAAGUUCACGAACUACCUGAGAGUUUUACUCUUCACGAACGUUUGAAAAGUAAUUUUGCAACUCGAACAACGAUGUUACAAGAACGUAAAGUUGAUUGGGCUCUAGCAGAAGCCAUGGCAUUAGGAAGUCUCUUACUCGAUGGUCAGUAUAUCCGUUUUAGCGGACAAGACGUCGAACGAGGCACAUUCUCUCACCGUCAUCAUGUUUUGCAUGAUCAAGAAAAAGAUCUAGUCUUCCAUGUACCACUAAACGAAUUAGUUGCAGUACAAGGACAUUAUACAAUAUGUAACAGUUCGUUAUCGGAAUUUGCUGUGUUAGGUUUUGAACUGGGAUACGCGAUUACAAGUCCAUGUACGCUCGUCCUUUGGGAAGCACAGUUCGGUGAUUUUACUAAUAACGCCCAAUGUAUUAUUGAUCAAUUUCUAUCCAGUGGACAGGCAAAAUGGGUUCGCCAGAAUGGACUUGUGCUUCUUCUACCCCAUGGAUAUGACGGAUAUGGGCCAGAGCAUUCAUCAGCAAGAUUAGAACGAUUCUUACAGAUGUCUGCUGAAGAUGCAGACCAGGUGCCAGAUCUCGAAAACAGUGCUCAUACAGAUCUUUCCAUGUACCAAUUGGAAAACGCAAACUGGAUCAUCGCUCAUUUAACGACUCCUGCAAAUUAUUUUCAUAUUCUUCGUCGACAAUUAGCACUUCCAUUCCGAAAACCAUUAGUUCUAAUGACGCCCAAGUCUUUACUUCGUUUGACUGAAUGCCGAUCAUCGUUUGAUGAGAUAAUCGAAGGAACAACUUUCAAGCGUAUCUAUCCUGAAGAAGGUGCAGCCGGGCACAAUCCUGAUGCCGUGAAAAAGUUAGUUUUCUGCUCGGGCAAAACAUACUAUGACUUAAUCAAAGCGCGGACAGUACAGGAACUUGAAUCGGACAUUGCCAUUGUCCGUAUCGAACAAUUAUCUCCGUUUCCAUUCGAUCUGAUCGAGAUCGAGUUGAAAAAAUACAAAUCAGCAGCAAUAUGUUUUGCACAAGAAGAGCACAAAAACAUGGGACCGUAUUCGUUCUGUAAAGCACGCCUUAAUCUUCUUCUUCGUAAGAUGAACGACAAUCGAGUCGACAAAAUCGAGUACGCAGGACGUGCUUCAGCAGCAGCAACUGCUACUGGUAUCAAAUCGAUUCAUUCGACCGAACAGGACAAUUAUAUGCAUCAGGCUAUGAAAAUAUGA